AAAGUAAGUUUUUAUAGGGUUUCAGAAUCUCCGAAAUUCGCUCUCUUUCCUUGAACUUAGAUUAGAAGGAAAAGAAAAACUUUAAAGCUAGAUUUUUCCGCGAGUUUUUCGGUUGGAACUGGGAAAAUAGGGAUUUCGCUUAGAUUGGAUGGUGCAGUUGAUGAGAUCGGGAAAUCCGACGCUGGAACCCGAAGUGUGCCGGGACAAGGCGCCGGUGAAAUUGGAGAUCGUGGAGGAUUCUUUAGAGGAAGAAUAUGGCCCUAUUAACAAACGAUCCAAACUUUCUUCAAAUCUUCAACAGGGGAACUCCGAUGUCAAUGCUUUCCCGAUCCCACCAGCGCAUUAUAAUCCGUUGGAUGAGCCGAGCCCGCUUGGUUUGAAGCUAAGGAAGAGUACUUCGCUUUUGGAUUUGAUCCAAAUGCGCCUCUCUCAAUCCCAAACCAGUGGAUCAGUUGCCGAAGCGGAAAAUUCGAAUUCUGGAGUCAAGAAGGAGAGUAAAGCUGCUGCCGCUACCGAUAAGCUUAAAGCCUCGAAUUUUCCAGCUUCUAUUCUUCGAAUCGGUCACUGGGAGUAUAAGUCUAAGUAUGAAGGGGAUUUAGUUGCCAAGUGUUAUUUUGCAAAGCAUAAGCUUGUUUGGGAGGUGUUGGAAGGUGGGCUUAAGAGUAAGAUUGAAAUACAGUGGUCGGAUAUUAUGGCUCUUAAGGCAAAUUGUCCUGAUAAUGGGCCCGGGACUUUGAAUGUUGUGCUGGCUAGACAGCCCCUUUUCUUCCGGGAGACUAAUCCACAGCCUAGAAAACACACCUUAUGGCAGACAACUGCAGAUUUUACUGAUGGUCAAGCUAGCAUACAUAGGCAACAUUUUCUGCAGUGUCCCCAAGGAUUGUUAAACAAACAUUUUGAAAAACUGAUCCAGUGUGACAUGCGUUUGAACUGUUUAAGCAGACAGCCAGAGAUAAUUUUGGAUUCACCGUACUUUGAAUCAAAGAGUUCGGUUUUUGAGGAUCCUGGAGAACCAAAAGGGCAUGACUAUUGUGAAGGGGAGACUGGUAAAGUAUCUACUAGCUCUGGCUUCCAAAAUAUAGCAUCGCCUGCUGCAGCUCAGUCUUCGUCCUUUGAGGUUGAGAAAGGGGAUUCUGCUGCCAUAACCUCAGAAAAUAUGUCCAGGGAAGCUCCAUCCCCCAGUUCAGUCAUGGACUCUUGUGGCAUUGAGGGAAGUGAAGUCUGCGAAACAGUGGAUUCAAAGGGGCCAAGAAAUUGGGACCAGAUAAAAGUGCCGGGACUACACCCGUCUAUGUCCAUGAGUGAUCUUAUGAACCAUAUUGGACACCGUCUUUCAGAACAUAUGACCUCCGAAAAUCCAUCCUCUCAAAAUAGACCAGACUGCGAGGAAAUGUUGGAGGAUAUUGCACAAUACCUUCUCAGUGACACUCAAUUUACAACAGCCUCUGACGAGAAAUCUCUCAUGUCAAGGGUCAAUUCUCUCUGUUGUCUUUUGCAAAAGGACGCCACAACUGGCACAAGCUCUCAGUCUAAUGGAGAAAAUUACAAUGGACCUGAUGAUGGAAAAGAUGUUCAGGUAAGCAAAACUCACGGGUUUGAGUUCAAUAUUACAGCCAAGGAUGAUGCGAAGGCUUAUGAAGGGAAAACGAAGGAAGUCUCUGGUAGCAGGCAGGCCCCAGGCAUGUCAAGAAAAGACUCGUUUAGCGAGUUGUUGCUUCAUCUUCCCAGAAUCGCAUCUCUCCCCAAGUUCUUGUUCAACAUUUCAGAAGAAGAUGGAGAGAGACAAGCUAGAUAAGAUAGUUUUCUUGUUUGUAGACUGUUUAAAGAAAUAUGAUAAAAUAUGAAGCGAAUCUCCCAAUCUCCCUCUGGUUAGCUGGAAAUGUGAUGAUGCCUGUCUAUUAUAUCAAAUGUAUGUUGAGGGGUGCUCGGGACAAUGGGGAUUUUCCAGGAUUCGGAGAAAUCUUUUGAUGAAGAAUCCCAUAU